GAAACAAGUGUUGCAGCAUUUGUACUACUUUCAUCAUAGCUGCAGUAGACCUGUGCAGCGCAUUUGGUUUUUUUAGGUGUUUAUUUCCAACUAACUAACGUGGUGUAGAUUUUGGCACUGCUGUGAGGGAUUGAUAAAGGAAGAGAGGCAGGAAACCUUAAGGCAAGAGGAAGUAGGAGUUGAACUAUUUAUAAGGAACAGAAUGAGUCAGUGCAUAUGGAGAUGUGACCAGUGAGAUCCACAAAGGCACAAAAGUGAGCUUCAAAGGUGUGUCCACAGAUCGGCACAGACCAACCGGGAGCAUGCCGAACUGUCAGAAUCGUUUGAGACGAGGCCUCACCUUCAUUACGGGCCUGGUGGAGUGUCUAUGUUUUGCAGGCAUCAUAUUUGGGUGGGCCUCACUUGUUUUCAUCCUCAAGAAAGAUGGUUACUUUAACUAUCUGUGUGUCAACGCCACAGGAAUCAAUGGUUCCCAGUUCUUAGAUUGCAGUGGACAGGAUGAGCAGUUUUCUCUGGUCUUCACCAUUGCAUCCUUCAUGAAUAAUUUCAUCACAGUGGCAAGUGGUUUCAUUUUCGACCACUUUGGCACCACAGUGGCUCGACUCUUGGGAAUAGGUUUUCACACAAUGGGUACGUUGAUGGUGGCCUUCUCAAAUUCAGCUCUAUCCGUCCUGCUUUUCCCAGCCCUUUCUUUCAUAGCUGUGGGCGGCAUCAUGUUGCUACUCACCAACAUGCAGGUAGGAAACCUUUUCGGAACUCAUCGUUCAACCAUCAUCACUCUUUACAACGGGGCCUUUGACUCUUCCUCAGCACUCUUCUUAAUCAUCAAGUUGGUAUACGAGUCUGGCAUCUCUCUCUUCGCCUGUUUCCUAUUCCUGUCGGUCUGCAGCAUCAUUCACGUGUUGAGGACUUUAUUCUUGUUUCCCAAAACCUUCAUCCCAUACCCGCUGCCUGAUGGCUAUACAUACGGGUUAUCCUGCAGCAAACUAAAUGCUGCUAAGCAGUCUAUGAUUGUGAGUUCACAAAAAAACGCAGAGACGGAGCAAUUUGCAAGUGAGGCUCCUGCAAAACAAGAUAAAACUUUACGUGAGUGUGUCCUGUCUCGAUUAUUCAUAUGGCAUGUAGUCUGGUUGUCAGUAAUCCAGUUGAGACAUUAUCUGUUUAUUGGAACCCUCAAUCCUACGCUUGUAAAGUUAACUGAUGGGGAGCCUUCACUUGUGAGCCAGUACAUUAAUGCUUUUGCCAUUACCCAGCUGUGUGGGGUGAUAUGUGCGCCCUGGAAUGGCCUCAUCAUGGACAGGAACAAGCGUAAAGCCCGAGCAGAAGGUAUGAGUGAACAAGAGUCAGACCUGAACUCCUCAGUUCUGUCUCUCUUCCUGACAUCGCUGAUGGCGUUAGUGUUCUCAAUCUGUGCUGCGACACCGUUCCUGCAACUUCAGUACUUUACUUUCAUCAUCCAAGUUCUUAAUCGCUCCUUCCUAUACGGUGGCAACGCAGCAUUUCUAAGUGUGGCUUUCCCAUCGUGCCACUUUGGGAAAUUGUACGGCCUCAUCAUGUGUAUUUCGGCAGUCUUCUCUUUGCUCCAGUACGCCUGCUUUGCUUUGGUAAAGUCAGUUCUGGAUGGAGAUCCUUUAUAUGUAAACAUCGCUCUGACAUUGGUGAUCCUGCUCGCCUUCGUCCACCCCCUGUCCGUUUUUUUGCAUUGUCGAGGCCUUGCAUCUCAACGAGCUGUGGCGCGACUUUGACGGACAAAAAGGGACUCAUGUAAUGUCCUCAAUAUUAUCAAUGACACUGAAAAUGUGACUAUAACAUAAAUUCUAAUACAGAUUUAUAUUCGAAGAAAUAAUUAUAGACAUGAUUCACAUUGUUCUAAUUACUGUAUUUUUUUUACUAUAAGGUACACUUGACUGUAAACCUCAACCACCAAUUUCUAUUUGUUUAGAUAACAACCCACACUUGACCGUAAACUGCACGUGUCCACGUUGUACUGCGAGAUAGUUACCUCAAAAGACAUGCAGUUCAUUUGCCUGUAAGAAUACAUAAGUUGCACAGGAAUAUGAGCCAUUGGGUUCAAAGCUGGAGAAAAAAGUAGCGUCUUAUAUUCUGUACAUUACAGUAUGUGUUUUGUAUUCCUAUGUUGUUUUGUAUGCUGUCAUACUGUACUGUACUGUACUGUACUGUACUGUACUAUACUAUACUAUACUAUACUAUACUAUACUAUACUAUACUAUAAUAUACUAUACUAUACUAUACUAUACUAUACUAUACUAUACUAUAUUACUAACAUUUUACUUUUAUCCAUACAUUUUUAACGUGUCAACGUGUUUAUUUUUAAACUAGAAGGAAUAAAGCAGGGUAGAGUGACCGAAUGAAAUCAUUUUUUUCUACAAUGGAGUUGUAAAUGUAACUUGAGGUAAGGUUCUUUUCUAUUUGUGUUUGGCUGGCUUGUGGUUCCAGCAGAAGCCCAAUUGCAGACUCAAUAGAGCAGUUCAAGACAAAGCUAUGCCACCUACUGCUCACAGUAGUCAAUCUACAGUAAACAAACAGUCUCCAGACUUCAGCUACUCAAUGAGUUUUAGCCUAGUCAGCAACUUUGGCACUUUGAAGGAAGCACAUUCUUUGAAAUGGCAUUUAAAAGAAUAAGAAGGGAAAUGUCUGAACUGUCAUUGCUUUGUGUGCUUACUGUGCUGUCACCAGCAGUGGAAGAAAUCAGAUCGAAGAAUAUGACUGGACCCCUAAACCCAAAUAAUAAAGAUCGUCAUAACAUCAUUUAUUAUCACACUCUAAAAAUGCCUUAAAAAGCAGCACCUCAGAGAUCAGCCAUGAUCAGACUUCUGUGCCAAAAUUUCAACUCAUUGCCUAUCCUCGUGAAAUAUCCAAUACUAACACACUAAUGAAGCUAUUGACAUUACAGACAAAUGUUGGAGUUGAGCUGCUCUUACCAGAGAUGGAAAAUCUUAUUGGAAGACUGCAAAGCUUUUUAUGGUUUGUCUAACUUGAAAAUACUAUGGACUAAAUUUACAAAAGUUUUUAUCAUGCAAAAAGAACAAAGCACAUAUGAAAAGAAGUUCCUUGGAAUGUCAACAUUGUAAAGUGCCAGGAAAAAAAUGAACACAAUUUAGCACCUAUUUGAGACAUUAAAUGUUUUUGGUUUUUUAAUUUAAAAAAAUACAGAUUUAGUAUUACUAAAGUACUAUUGAGUUGUGUUUGUGUCCAUAAAUAAAACUCUCCUGUCUCUCACUGUGCCCCCGGCUGUGCAUCAACAUGGUAGCUCAAAGCAAGAUUGCCAAUUCUGUCACUUGAAGUGUAAGUGUGUGUACAUCUAUCCUCAGAGCCAAUUACAGAUUGAGACUUCCACAACACAAAUGACAGAAAUAGAAGAAAAAGUGGGAGGAGUUGAAAAUAGAAAGCAACCUUUCUAAACACCAAGUCAGUGUUGGUCUCCACCAUCUAUUGGGGGUUUGCAAUCAGAAAACAAACCAUUAAAUCAAUGACUGAAAGGCUAAAAAUAAAUAAAUAGGGCAAGUUUAUAUUUCUCUGAGCACUUAAAAAAAUAUGCCAAUCUGUAUUUCACUCAGGGACACAUUUUAACUGUGUGAAGCAAUUUGCGAUUCCUUUGUGAUUUCCUUACUUUGCUGACAACAAUUUUGAAAUGAUUUCAUCUCAACCCUACAUUGUUUAAUUAUCCAACAAAAACAAGUCAAAUGAAUAAGACCCUUCUGAGUUUGAAAAUAAAUUUCAACUGCAACUUUUGUGUUUUUUCUCCUUACUGGCCUGAUGUACCCAGGGUGAAGAUGCACACACUAACCACA